ACUGAGGCUUUAAAAUGCCUAAUGACUCCCAGUUUAUUGAGAAUUUCGCUGAGCCGACGUAGCAGUGAAUUCGCUCCCAACAUGUUUUCAAGGCUUGGUUUUGUUUUGGUUUUCCUUUCUUCUUGCCUUUCAGCUUAUCUGGCAACAGCAACAAAUCAAUGUGGCAUUCGCCCAGGAGGUAGGAUCAUCAGUGGAAGUCAAGCUCUACCUCAUUCAUGGCCAUGGAUGGUCCAGAUCAAGUACCAAGAUCGCCAUCAUUGUGGAGGGACUUUGGUCUCCCCCCAGUGGCUCGUUACCGCUGCUCACUGCAUCAACCACGUCAAUARCCCAUCGAGUUAUCCUGAACUAGAGGUCGUGUUAGGAGAACACACCAGAAGUAGACUGGAAGGCAAUGAGCAGAGGUUUACUGUUAAACGCAUCGUUAUGCAUCCAAAUUACGAUAAACCAUCAAUAGUCAACAAUGACAUAGGUUGGGGUCUGACAAUCCCUGGUGACUGGGACAGCCAAGCAGACAUCCUUCAACAAACCAAACUUCCAAUCGUCAGUAGCAAUGAAUGCAAGCAAAACUACAAGGACAUCAGCAUCCCUAUAACUAGUUCCAUGUUGUGUACUGGUCAUGACUUGACAAGUACGAUAUCGACCUGCAACACUGACAGUGGUGGACCAAUUGUAUGCAAGAACAGUCUGAAUGGCAAAUGGUAUCUGCAAGGUGUUGUUAGCUUUGGAGCAGGUGGUUGUAGACCAGGUUACUACUCCGUCAACGCUAAAGUUAGCAAGUUCACCACCUGGAUCAAUAGCUAUAUACAUUAACUGAUCAGCAUAUUGCAAGUUUACUCAAUAGCGAUAGUAGUUUAGCCAGCACUGCAGAGAGUUUAUCAUGAAGACCCUGAAGCACGAUUAACUGAUAAAUUCUUCACCUAGAUGAAUAAAUAAAACCUUAGCUGGGAUGAUGA